AAUUAGGAUUUAUAAAGAUGUUGCAAUUAAACUGGAAUGGAAGGUUUUACUCUAUUAUUCUUUUUGUGGCAUUAUUGCUAGAAAUUCUCGCGUGUGGAGGAGUUGUGUUUGGUUGGGCAAGCAUUGUAAUAAUUUUUAAAGCUAGGCACUAUUUUUUUGACAUGUGUACAAUUUCCUUAGUAAAUAAUAACAAUUUACCUUCAAAUAUUUCUGAUAAAAACAAUAUAACGAGUAGCAGCGCAGUAUAUUCUAUAUUCAAUUGUUCAAAACAAGACGAUAAACUAAACUUAGUUUUUACAAUAACCAUGGCAUUUAUGUGCAUCUCGCAGUUUCCAGCUGGAUUAUUUCUUGAUAAAUUCGGACCAAGAGUAACAAGAAUUGUUGGGGGACCUAUCUUUCUUAUCGGCUGCUUGGGAUUGGCAUUUAUCACUGAAGAUAAUGAAAAUUACUUGUUUCCAAGCUUUAUAGCAAUUGUCAUUGGAGGAGUAUUUCUUUCACUUUCAAUUUACCAGAUUAGCAAUACUGUAUUAUGGAGAAAAAGAGCAAUUGUUAUGUGCAGUUUAAAUGGAGGAUUUGACUCCUCAGCUGUUGUAUUUCUUAUUUUUAAGUUGAUUUACGAUACUGGAGUAAAGUUUUCUACUAUUUUGUACAUUUACAGUGGUUUGUCAUUAUUAUUAAUUACAUUUGUAACAGUGUUUCUGGUCCCUUCUCAAAUAAAAUUAAAGAAAUGGUCAAUUGAAGAAGAACAUUAUUAUAAAACAAGUAUAAAUGACUGUAUAGUUCCAAAGAAAACAAUUUAUGCUAGUAAAAUUAAUUCUGCAUUUGAAAGAACUGGAUCAAAUGUAUCAAUAUCCUCAUCUCAUCAGGUGCCUUCAUGUCAGCAGGUGCCUUUAUCUCAGCUGGUGCCUUUAUCUCAACAAGUUCCCACAUCUCUGCAGAUGACCUCAUCUCAAGAAAUACUCUCAUCUCAACACACACCCUCAUCACAGCAGAUACCCUUGUGUCAACAGAUAUCUUUAUCUCAACAGUUACCCUCCUCUCAACAGACAGUAUACAAUUUUUCUGUGGAGAAAACUGAAAAUCUAACACUUGAUGUUAGUACAUUAUCUUCUGCAAAUGGUAGCAUUUUGAUAGAUACACAAAAUAUUCCACCAUCAGUUUUUCGAUCCAUAUUCAGUCCACUAUACAUGAUUGAACUAAUAUGUUUAUUGAGCAUAAAUUUGAAACUUCAAUGCUACAUAGGGUCUCUGCAAUUAAAUUUAGAAAGGUUGACACAAAAUAAUUUGUUGGAAGUGAGUAAAUACAUCAAUAUAUUUGGAUACCUUCAGUUUUGUGGAAUUGUUAUUACACCUUUCAUUGGUUUAACAUUUAGAAGAUUAAAGAAUUCAGAAAAGCAGUCUCUUAAAAAAGAGGAAAUACUUGUCUCAGAUUUACGCUCUUCCAUUGCUCCUUAUUGUGUUCUUAACUUCUUAGGAAUGAUUUUUUGUUUAUUUGAUCUUAUCAAUAGUAUGAAAUUACAGAUACCAUCAUAUAUUCUUUGUGCAAUUGUUCGAGGAUUUUUAUAUGCAAAUCAUACAACAUUUAUUGGAAUAGCGUUUCCUUCAUCUCAGUUUGGAACAUUAUUUGGAUUUAGUCUAUUACUGGCAGGAAUAUUUGCUUUAUUACAAUAUGCUUUAUUUCAUCUGACUAAUCAUGCACUUGGAGGAAAGCCAUUUUGGUCAAACUUCAUACUGCUCUUAUUAGUGUCGUUGGGCAACGCAUACCCAUUAUAUGUUUGGUUGUAUUGUCGUAAAAAAGAAUCUAAAAAAUCUUUGGUAUCAACAAUGAAGCACAGUGUUGUAAUCGAAGAGUAAAAUCAUUUGAAACAGUUUAAAUGUUUUUAAUCAUGUUUUAAAAUUAACAAUAGCAAAGUUAAUGUAAUUUUGUUUUGAAUGUGAGAUAAAAAAAAAAUCGUUGUUA